CAGCGAAAUACCUAAAUGCAUUCUUUGGAAUAAUUAUCUUAAAACAAAUAUGCAUGUCGUUAAGCGAUAAUUUCUCCGGAUAACCCUUGCCCCUAACGUGCUACUUGUUUGUAUGUAAAAAAAGGACAAACAAAUAUGUUGAGUACAAUUUUACGUAAAACAGUAAUGUAACAGCAUAAAUGUAAAGAAAGGACACUUUGGAAUAACAUGAUAUAUAAAGAACUAUUGCAAAAGUAUAAAUAUUGUAUUUGUCAGUUACUCUUCUUUAUUCGAAUAAUAUGAAGAUAUUGACCACCAUUAUGAUACUAAUUAAAUUUACUUCUUACGGUCCUGGUGCUAUCAACGUACACAUACAUAUUGUGAUACACCUUUAUAUGAACGUUAUGUAUGUACAUUAUAUUGAGUGAUGCAAUAAAGAUAUACAUGUGUAUAGGUUUUGUUGCUUUGUCGUGAAGUACCUUGCUUCGUAAUUAUGUUGUACCCUCGAUAUGGAGUGGAGGACAGUGGCAGUUAUUGUGUUGGUAGUGAGUUUAUGCUUUUUGGCGAUACCCAUUAGGGUGAGCCCUGAUACUAGCAAUGGAGAUCUUAAGCUUUUUCAGAAUUAUGUCAUGCGCUAUAAUAAAUCUUAUAGAAACGAUCCAACGGAAUACGAGGAACGGUUUAGGCGAUUUCGGAAGUCGUUGCGACAUAUAGAAAAGAUGAAUGGUCUUCGACCAUCACAAGAAAGCGCUUAUUAUGGACUCACUGAAUUUUCUGAUAUGUCAGAAGAUGAAUUUCUGUCGCUAACUCUCUUACCUGACUUACCAGCUCGGGGAGAGAAGCACGUGAAUGAAUCUUAUCAUCGCCGACAUCAUUUGUUGCAAUCUACUAAUCGGGUGAAAAAAUCGGUUAGUAUACCUUUAAGAUUCGAUUGGAGAGAUAAAGGAGUAAUUACGCCAGUACGAAGUCAAGGAUCUUGUGGUGCUUGUUGGGCUUUCAGUACCGUUGAAGUGGUUGAAUCAAUGUAUGCAAUCAAAAAUGGAACUUUGUAUAAGCUGAGCGUACAAGAAAUGAUUGACUGUGCGAAAAACAGUAAUUUUGGAUGCGAGGGUGGGGACAUAUGUAGCUUGCUCUCGUGGUUGUUAGCGUCUAAAGUUCAAAUAUUUCAAGAAUCAACUUAUCCGCUUGUAGGAAAGACGAGUAUGUGUAAACUGGGGAAAUAUUGUUGUUGCAGAAUGAUAGACAAGGCAUCUGGUGUAAAAAUACGGGAUUUUAAUUGUGAUAAUUUCGUAGAUGCAGAAGAUGAGCUGUUGAUAACAGUGGCCACUCAUGGACCAGUGGCGGCAGCAGUAAACGCUUUAUCUUGGCAAAAUUAUUUAGGUGGUGUAAUACAAUAUCACUGUGACGGUUCCUUUGAUAAUCUGAAUCACGCUGUACAGAUAAUAGGAUACGAUAAAUCAGCUGCCAUACCACAUUAUAUUAUAAAAAAUUCAUGGGGAACAAAAUUCGGCGAUAAAGGUUAUAUGUACAUAGGAAUAGGCAAUAAUUUAUGCGGCAUAGCGAAUCAAGUUUCGUCAUUAGAUAUUCUUUAAGGUGAUGAUAUAAAUGGAGAUGUUUGAAGAAAGUAUUUUAUAUAUCGAUCCUAAGAUGUAUAGAUGUGUUAGAAAGCGACUAUAAUAUUAAUAACAAUAACAUUCGUAAGAUUGUAUUUCCAAUAUUUGUUAUACAAUUGCGGCCAUUUGUAUAUUUUUUACAAAUAUUCUAAUAUAUAUGUUAAAGUAAAAUAAAAUAAAA